CGCCGCCGCCGCCGCCGUCGCCGUCGCCGCCGGGCCGCGGGGCUAUGGGCACCUUGUCGUCCAGGGCGCCGGCCGCCCGGGCCCCCGCGGCCCCGUCGCCGCCCGAGAGGGGCCCCGACCUGAGCCAGCUGCCGCCCGAGCUGCUGCUGCUGGUGCUGAGCCACGUGCCCCCGCGCGUGCUGCUGCGCCGCUGCCGCCUGGUGUGCCGCGGCUGGCGCGCGCUGGUGGACGGGCAGGCCCUGUGGCUGCUGCUGGUGGCCCGCGAGCACGGCGCGCUGCUGCCGCUCGUCCGCAGCUGCCUGCCCCGCAACGGGCCCGCGCUGCUCGGCCGCUUCUGCGAGCUCCGGCCUCUGGGACGCAACCUCAUCCGCAACCCGUGCGGCCAGGAAGGCUUCCGGAAAUGGAUGGUGCGACACGACGGGAACGGCUGGGUGGUGGAGCAGAACCGGACCAGCAUUCCUGGGGCCCCUUCGCAAACCUGCUUCGUGUCCUCCUACAGGUGGUGUCACAAGAAGCAGGUGUUGGACCUGGAGGAGGAAGGGCUGUGGCCGGAACUGCUUGAUAGUGGCAAGAUUGAAAUUUGUGUCUCUGACUGGUGGGGAGGCCGACACGACUGUGGCUGCAAGUACCGGCUCGUCGUGCAGCUUCUAGAUGCCAACUUCACGGUCCUGGAGGAAUUCUCGGCCACGCCCGAGCCCAUCCCGCAGUGGAAUAAUGACGCCUGUCAGCAGGUCACCCACGUCUUCUCCCACAUCACGGGCGUCCGUUUUGUGUCCUUCGAGCACUGGGGCCAGGACACACAGUUCUGGGCCGGCCACUACGGAGCCCGCGUCACCAACUCCAGCGUGAUCGUGCGCGCGGGUGCCAGCGUCCCCGCCACUUGAGACCCAUCACCCGACACGCCUGGGCCGGGCCUCCUCCGUCCCCCAAAGACUUCUACCUCCCGGAUUUCCCGGGAGCGCAGGUUCCAGAAACGACUAGAGAAGAGCCCGUGGGGGGACACGGCGGGGUGGCAUCCCUGCUCCCCUUUGACUUCUGUGACGGCCCUUUCAGAAGCUUCUCUCCUACUGGGUACCCAAAGCUCGGCUCUGCCUAGCAGAGUGGACCCACCUCCGGUGACGACCUAGACCUUGGAGGAGUCAGGACUGGGACCAGGUGUCCCAGCUGAAAUCCAGAGAGCUGAGACAUUGGAGUUAAGUGGUUCUGUUCACCAGGGGGUGGCCGAGGAAUGAGGGGCUCUCCCCCGGCCCCUGCUUGGCCCUCAGUUACUCCUGGAGUUGUGUGGUGUUUAAAGAUAUUUUUUUAAUUUUAAAAUGUUUUCAAACAUUGAGUAUAUAUAUAUAUAUAUCACCAAAAGCUAUCCACCAGCUACAUGUAAUAA